GUUUUUCUUUCUGUCCUUCACUGAGGCACCGGAAGGAAUCCUACAGACUGGAGAGAACAGCAGAUGGAGAAAACAAAUGGGAGAGAGGCCAUUGCUCCGUCCACAGUGGAAACUGGAAUAGAGAACCCAGGACUGGAGCUCACGGAAGAAGGAAUAAGUCCUGAGAAAACCAAGAGGGCUGAAGAUCAAGGACACAGCCUUGAGGAUGGGUUGGAGCCUCCCACUCAGAAGAGGAAAAACCUACAGCCUUUCACCAGAGCAAGAAGUUUCUGCAAAACACAUGCUGGUUUGUUCAAGAAGAUCCUACUGAGUCUGCUGUGUGUGGCUUAUGCUGCCUACCUCCUGACAGCUUGCAUCUUGAAUUUUCAGAGGGCACUGGCCUUGUUUGUCCUCACCUGUUUGGUGCUUUUGGUUGUGGUUUACCGCAUUCUGAAAAGGUUCUGUGGUAAAAAAAUAACAAGAUGUUUGAAGCCCCUUAAAAACUCCUGCCUGAAACUUUGGAUGAAACGGGUGUUUGCAGGAGCCUCCUUGGUUGGUCUUAUCUUGUGGUUGGCUCUAGACACAGCUCAAAGGCCGGAGCAGCUGAUCUCCUUUGCAGGAAUUUGCAUGUUCAUCCUCAUCCUCUUUGCCUGCUCCAAACACCACAGUGCAGUGUCCUGGAGGGCUGUGCUUUGGGGCUUGGGUCUUCAGUUUGUCUUUGGGAUCUUGGUCAUCAGAACUGAUCCUGGAUUCAAUGCAUUUCAGUGGCUGGGAGAUCAGAUUCAGAUUUUCCUCCACUAUACUGUGGCUGGCUCCAGUUUUGUGUUUGGGGAUACACUCGUCAAGGAUAUCUUUGCUUUUCAGGCUUUACCAAUCAUCAUUUUCUUUGGAUGUGUGAUGUCCAUUCUUUACUACCUGGGCUUUGUGCAGUGGGUAGUUCAGAAGAUUGCCUGGUUUUUGCAAAUCACCUUGGGCACCACUGCCACAGAGACCCUGGCUGUGGCAGGGAACAUCUUUGUGGGUAUGACAGAAGCACCACUGCUCAUCCGUCCAUACCUGGGAGACAUGACUCUCUCCGAGAUCCAUGCAGUGAUGACUGGAGGGUUUGCAACCAUUUCAGGCACUGUGUUGGGAGCCUUCAUAUCCUUUGGGAUUGACGCAUCAUCCUUGAUUUCUGCCUCUGUGAUGGCUGCACCUUCUGCUCUUGCUUUGUCAAAGCUGGUAUAUCCGGAAGUGGAGGAGUCCAAGUUCAAGAAUAAGGAGGGGGUGAAAUUGCCCCGAGGGAAGGAGAAGAAUGUUCUAGAAGCUGCCAGCAAUGGAGCCACAGAUGCCAUAGGCCUUGCUGCUAAUGUAGCAGCCAACCUGAUUGCCUUUUUGGCUGUGUUGGCCUUCAUCAAUGCUGCCCUCUCCUGGCUAGGGGAACUGGUAGACAUACAGGGACUCACUUUUCAGGUCAUCUGCUCCUAUAUCCUAAGGCCCGUGGUUUUCAUGAUGGGUGUGGAGUGGGCAGACUGUCCAAUGGUGGCUGAGAUGGUGGGGAUCAAGUUCUUCACAAAUGAGUUUGUGGCCUAUCAGCAACUGUCUCAAUACAAGAGCAAACGUCUCUCUGGAGUGGAAGAGUGGAUUGGAGGUGAAAAACAGUGGAUUUCAGUGAGAGCUGAAGUCAUUACAACAUUUUCACUCUGUGGAUUUGCCAAUCUUAGUUCCAUAGGCAUCACACUUGGAGGCUUGACAUCAAUGGUUCCUCACCGGAAGAGUGACUUGUCCAAGGUUGUGGUUAGUGCCCUCUUCACAGGGGCCUGUGUAUCCCUUAUUAGUGCCUGUGUGGCAGGAAUCCUCUAUGUCCCCAGGGGAGCUGAAACUGACUGUGUCUUCUUCUUAAACACAAGUUUCACCAAUAGAACCUAUGAUACCUAUGUGUGCUGCAGAGAGCUCUUUCAAAGUACUCUUCUGAAUGGCACCAACCCUCCUUCUUUUUCUGGUCCCUGGGAAGAUAAAGAGUUCAGUGCUAUAGCCCUUGCUAACUGCUGUGAAUUCUACACCAAUGCUGUCUGUGCCUAAAACUGGUCCAUUAACAUAACAGUCCUGAUCUUGAUGACUUUUUGAUGGCAAGGAUGGUUAUGUACUCAGAGUUCUCAUUCUACAACUAACCUACCUUGAUUGUUAAUAGAAAAUGUAAAAUUUUCAUUUUGGUUCACUCUAUGUCAGUAAAGAAAAUUAGCCCUUGGCUUUCCGUUAUUUUGUUGAACCAAAUAAGAAAUUCCUUAUUUUUUUUAACUUAAAUUUGAAAUAAACAUUACCAUAUCAGAAAAUAUCUUGCAAACCUUGCUUCUAGUUGCCAUUUUAAAAAUUAUGUGAUGUGGUAUGCUAUAAAUGUGAUUUGGUAUAAUGUGUACUGAGGUAAAAAGCUGUAUUUCUUGGAGUUCUGUAGAUGAGCUAGAUUUAUGGUACUAAAGGUACAUGUGAAAGUUACAUGAAUAUUUCAUGAUAAAAUUUUUCUGGUUAUCACACAUUUGUAAACCUGCAAACCCCUUAACAUUAUUACACAGUAAACAAACAGUAUUUCCUGUAUGCACACUUGUAAGGAAUAUCAUUUCUAGAGGCCCUUACUUUGCUUUGGCAUUCUGCUUGAGUGCCAUAUUUGCUUCAGGUUUACAGUCAAUCAUUUAAAACAGCGGUUUUCAGUGUGUGUGUGGGGGGGGGGCAAUUUUGCCUCCUAAGAACAUUUGGCAAUGUCUUGAGACAUAAUUAGUUGUCACAACUAGGGGGAUGCCACUGAUAUCUUCUACUGGGUAUAAGCCAAAAAUGCUGCUGAAUAGUCAGCACCUAAAACAGAAUUCUCUGGCCCCAAAUGCCAACACUCUAAUUUAAUUUAAUUUAAUUUAUUUAAUUGGGACGCUAAAAUAUUUAACAUACAUCUUGUAUCUGACUUUUAUUUAUAGUAAUAAUAUUAUUAUAAUCUUAAGGAAAAGUUUCAAAAGGAUGUAGGGGUUCCUCAAAAUUUAAAUAUAAAAUUACCUCAUGGCCCCACAAUUCUAUUUCUUGGUGUACCCAAAAGAACUGAACACAUGUAAUCAAACAAGUAUACAUGCAUGCAUGUCCACAGCAGCACUAUUCAUAACAAUCAAAAGGUGGAAACAGUCCAAAUGUCCAUCAAUAGCUGAAUGGCUAAACAACUUGCAUUAUGUACAUACAAUGGAAUUUUAUUCAGCCAUAAAGAGCAUGAAGAACUGAUAUAUGCUGCAUAGAAGAACCUAGAAAAUACUAUGCAAAGGAGCCAGACACAAAGGCUUAUUGUGUGAUUCUGUUUUGCAUGAUGCCAUUUAUAUGAAAUAUUCAGCAUAGAUAAGCCCAAGGAGACAGAAUACUGAUUGGUAACGCCAAGGGUGGGGAAAAAGAGAAUCGGGAGUUACUGCUUAAUAAGUAUGCGGUUUUACUCUGGGAUGAUAAAAAUAUUUUGGAACUAGAUAGAGGUGGUGGUUACACAACACUGCGAAUGUGCUGUCACUGAUUUAUUCACUUUAAAACGGUUAAUUUUAUGUUAUGUGAAUUUCACCUCAAUAAAUCAUAUAUAUAAUCAUUA